CACACUGAACCCACGGUAGAGGGCAAGUAACUCCUAACCACCACUCUAUGGAACAGGACAGCAACAUCUCGCUACCAGGACCUUUACCAUACUCUCUCAUUAACACACGCAAAUACACACACUCAGGCCACAAGUUGAGACUGCUUCCAUACACGGACACACAUUACUCAGAGAGACUCCAUACGCUAUCUAGUACGCUCAUGACAGUGGGUUCUCUUGCCCCUGGGUGACCCCAAACAUUUUAUACACGCACUAAUACAUACACACAGUGGGAAUCUGAGAGGCUCCAGACAGACAGAGGAAACGCUGUGGAUUUGUACAUGGAUCUGCUUCUGUAUCCUGUCCCUCUGCUGAGUGUGUUUCUCCUCAUUCCAGCAGGUAGGUUCAGAUUAAUAAAGGCAACGCGGCCAGAUUACGGGUACUUGUCUUACAUAGAUAUUGCUUGAACAGUCUUUUAACUCUCUGUUUGACAUCCAAUUUGUUUAACGUAUUACUUUGAGCAGUUUCCGCUCUCUUGAUAGAAAUUGUACUUGUACAUCUAACAGUAUCACGCUAGAAAAACAGGCGAUGACUAAAUGUAGUGCUUUAUAAUGAUAUCACGUGUUUCAUUAGCCAAAGGACAAAAGCUGUUUUGAUACUAUAGUGUUCAGAGGAAGCCAGACCUUACUAGAGCUGUUUGUUACAGUUUCAGCCCAAUCUGCCAUCAAUCAAACCAACCAGAAAGAGGUUAUGGGUGGAUCCUUAGAAUCCACCAUGCCUGCAGCAGGUCCCAUGGGUGAGUUUAGGCCUUGUUGGGUGUAACUCUCUGACUCUGGCUAAGAAUUAGUUCAUUGGUUGGAAAAAGUAUUUUGACUGGGGAACUGCUUGAUCACCAGAGCUGUUUAACCAUCAUCAUAAACUGAUACUGUAGUCAACAUUCAGGAAUCACCUGACCAUGUAGGUCACUGUUAUUUGAUGGAGAUGUUUCAACCCACAGUGACCUCACCACCGACACUGACAUCCAACACUUUUACUGUGGCUGGCAGUGCAACCACCCCAACUACAGCCCAUCCAACGAAUGUUGUGACAUCAUCCCCAGCACUCUCAGCGCCAGGUAACUCUGGUCUUCUAUAGGGCUUAUCUGCUGUGUUGUCUCACUGCUAAUGUUUGAGUAGAACUGAGAGAAAGUAUUGCGUUCAUUUUGUUGUUUUUCUAGGGAACAACCCUCUUGUGACAACCCACAGUGUCCUGCAGUCAAAUCAAUCAACAACCUCACCUGGUAAUACAGAGAAAAUGUAGCAUUCUGUACUAAAUAAAAAUCAAAACAAAUGUUAUUGGUCACAUACACAUAUUUAGCAGAUGUUAUUGCGGGUGUAGCGAAAUGCUUGUGUUACUAGCGUCCAAAAGAGGGCUACAAUAAACCUAAGGCAGCAAGAGUUUUGUUGAUGUUGUUGUGGACGUGUUUCAGGAAACGCCAACAGUGACAAUGAGGUACCCACAUCCUCACCUCGACCACCGUCUCCUAAUGUCAGAAGCUCUGCUAAAAUACCUGUUAGCCCCUCACAAGACACUGCUACUGGACCAGGUGAACACUAUUUCUCUGUCUGUCUUUGUUCUCUGUCUACUGAUGACACGAUGACAAGUUGAUGUGCCUUUUGUCUGAAUGGUGUGCGCAUCCUGUUAUUGGAUGGUAUUCGGAAAUCAUGAGCCAGGAAAUUCUGAUUUGCUAGCUGUGCUUUACAGAGUUGAGGACUUCGUAGAAAGCCAUGUGUCAUUCACAGGACACAUGAUGUCACUUGUUUGUUAUGAUCACAAGCUGCCUUUACUGUCAACCUUACAUGUGUGCUGUAGAACAAUCUCCAGGUCUUAAUAUUUCUCAUGUAGUGUUUGCUGUAAGUUGACUUACAUGCCUGUUUAUGUGUUCAGUCUCAGGAUCAACAGCUGCUGCAACAGCAACCACUUCGACCUAUGUGACCUCUCCUGAGGGAUCCACAGGGACACACACUGACAUCCCUCCGACUCAGUCACCGGGCAAGAGCCUCACCAUGCUUGCCUUUGGUAUGCUUAACGAUACAUGAUGAUGAUGAUUAAAACAUUGUUAUGAAACUAUCCUAUACUCAGGUGGAGUAUAACUAACUCUGUCUGGGAUGUUGCUCCCCAACAGGUGUCAUGAGUUUAAUCCUCAUUCUCGUCAUUGUCAUGGUGGUUUUAGUAACAGUGGUCAACCUAAGAGACCGGUGCAGCAACUCAAAGGAGGAAGGUAAAUGUAAAUGAUGAUAAUUCAUGUGAGAGAAUGGAUACAUGAGAGUAACAGUAUCUAUAUGUAUGUUAUGUGUAUCCAUGUUAACACCUGUAAAGAUCUCUCUUCGUAGACGCUAACUACCUUUAACGUCUAUUCAUGAAGGUAUCUUCUGGCUGGAGGAGUUUUGUUAAGAGCCCCAAUGCUCGUUCUGAACGUUAACACACAUCGCUUGCGGUAUGGCUUUGGUAACAUAAGGAAUGUAUCUUUCAUAUCAGUGAGAAUUAUUUUUCAAAAAACAAAUGGUUAAAUUAUUACACACCUUUAUAGGGUUAGGGUUAGUGUUCCCACAAGGCCAUAUUUCCAUGUUACAGCACUUGUUUAAGGAAGACAUACGACGGAGACGACCACCUCUACUAAUUAGCUAUAUAGAAUACUCCGAACAUCUGUGUGUAAGCAUAACUCGGGAGGAAGUGUAGUGGAAGUGUAGUUCAUCGGCUGGAGACACACAGCUGUAUGCAUCUUUGCAAACCAGCUACAGUAAGUGUAAAUUUUUUAUCUGAACAAUUAUUUCUGAUAUUAAAGAUCAGUUCCAUAUAUUUGGAAAACCGUAUCGCAAGCGAUGAUUAUUGACGUUUCUAAACAUUAAAACAGAGCGUAGGGAUUGCAGUUCACAUGGUCCCACUGGUAAGUGGCACUUAUAGCUGAGAACCCUUGGGAUAAGGCAGAAUGCCCUGUUAAUGCCUUAGGUUCUCCAGAGCUAUGGCCAUGCCAGCUUGAGAAGAGAGUAGUUAUAAUAAGAGAAGAGCAUCCUGUCAAACAUGCCAGACAAUGAGAAUCACCACAGUUUCUGUUCCACAGGUAAAAAGAGCAGUGAUUCUGUGGUGUCUGAAAGGUAUGCACACCAAAGUAUGCACAUGCAUAGCGUUGAUAGGGUACGACAAACUGUAUAUGUCUCUGUUUAUGUUUGUAAUUAAUCUAUUUUUUUCCAUAGCAAUGUCACGUCCAAUGGAGAAAAAGAGAGCAUCACUUUGGUCUCCAUGAAGAACAUUAACACAGAAACUGGUGGGGACAAGGUCACAGUAGUGCUUCACUUUGAAAUAGUCCCCAAACUAAUAUUGAGGGGCCUCUGUUUUUACUGCUUAUAAUAGCUAUAAUUGCUGAUGAUUAUUGGGGGAAAUGGGCUUGCUAUUCACAGUGAUACAAGACAAGGGAGCAUGGGAGCAAAACAUCUCUCUCUUUUCCCACAGACACAGACUCCCCCCAGGUCUCCUCCAUUCACAGUACAACACUGGACUUUGAGGAGCAGGAGCUGAACAGGGACCUACUGAACAAUAAGGUGGGCUCAGGAAAUAACUUUUCACCAGCACUAACUGCAAUGAAUACAACCACUUCUUAAACAGAAUAGUCAAAAGCAAAUAUCCAAUGGAUUUAAGCUAAUAUUGCAUAUUGUGUUAUUUUUUGCAGCUGGUGUGAAAAUAAAGACCCUAGAUGUGCCGUUCCAAAACACAGAAAUCACCAAACUACUCAAACAAAAUAGUACAGCGGUUGUUCUAUACAUCUGAGAUCAAGUUACCGGGAGCCCACACAGCACCUGAAUUCAUAGCUAUGGGGAUAUUAUGCCAUUAAACUACAACUAGGCCUACCGUUGAGUCUGAUGUGUCUAUGUGGAUGAAUUUAUUUUGUUGCCAUUCUAAUGUUCAUGUAUUUGUGUGAUGAUAUCAAAACUGCUGUUAUGGAGAUAAUGUUGUGUUCAUAUAUUUUUUUUACUUUUGUAAAAUAUGUUUUAGUUUGUGGAUUACAGCUGCCAAUAAAACAAAAUACAGAAUAUACUGUUCACAAGACAACAUUGUAUCACUCUGUCUGACAUGUUUGUUAAUAAUGUUACAAGAAUGUAGCAAUCAGAAGCUGCAACAACGUCCAAAAUGAUUUACAUGUAACACUGCUGAACUACAGAUGAGUCAAUAGGUCAAGGGCAGAGGUUUUCCAUUGGUUGACUUGACUGUUGUUGCUAACUCUGCCCGUUUCCGCUUCCUGUUGGCAUGGCGGUUACCAAAGAAGCUCUGUGUUAAUACGGGACUGGUUAAUGUCGGUAUUACAUUUCUUCCCGUAUUGCAUGGAUUUGAACUAGUUCCAGUUUUUCUAUCGUUAUUCGGACGACUUGAAUAGGCGCUUGCACCUGUGUUCAUGUCUGACUUCUAAAGUGGGAGGCGUCAUCGCUAGUAUGAUACCUGAUAGCUACGGCGAAAUAUCAUAGCUUACCUAUUGCUAGCUAGCUUGUUAUCUGUAAACAAAGCUAGCUAGCUACGGCUCAUUUCAGUUGACAGACAACGCCCAUGUACAUCUCAACAUAAGAUAGCUAUUAGCAAAAUUAUUACGAUUUCAGGCAGUCAACCGCAUUUGUGUAGCGAGCGUAACUUAUUGGGGUUGCAGGCCUCGGUGAGAAUAAGCUAACUAGCUAGCCAUCGAACAGCUGUCAAAAUUGAUAAACAGGAAUCGGAUCGAUUGAUAGAGAAAGCAAAGCUGUCCUUGCGGUCAGGGCGGAGAGAAAAAGCCCUUCAACUGUUGUAUGAAGCCCAGAAAAUAUUCCCCAGCACCCGGGCCAGAGGUAAAUAUGCCGUAAUGGCCGUCUUGUUAACGUUAGCCUUGCUUGCCAACUUGAAUAUUAAAAGAGAAAGUGCAACGUCUGUAUCUUGUAAAUAUGAAUUUGAUUAUGUAUGCUCCCCUCGAAUCAGUGAACAUGUUAAGCAUAUGUUAUAGCUACAUGUCAUCUGAAUGAUAUGUACAAUAUGGUCGGCCUUAUAAUACAGGUAAUCUCUUUCUAUAGCGUGUGUGCUAGCCUGUAAACCACACUACAAUGUAUAGUUAGUAAUGUUUAUUUCAUUAAUUUAUCCGUGUUAUUGCUCAACCUGGUGGUGCAGCUGCAACCAGCCAAACUGGUUAGCUAGUAUCAUUUCUGGUUAACUGUCAUAAGUAACUCAUCUUCUGAAGAUAAAAAGGGACUAGGUUAGGGAAUAACGUUACAUGUUUCAGGUACAUAAUGUUACUUUAAUACAGGGGUUCCCAACCUUUUUUCCCCAGGGCCCCCUUUUUCACAUUUGAAAAAUGUCACGCAAAUGUAUAUUAAUCCUCAAUUAAAUGAUAGUCACACAUUGCAUAAGAUUACUUCCCAAGCAAAGUCCAAUUUCUUUGACACCACAACUGUAGAAGGUUGUAGCUAGGCCCAAAUGGAAUCUGCUGGAAUGUGUUAUAUUUUCUAUGGAGAUUUCUGCUGAAAAUUCUGCUUAAAUCUUUUUUUAAACUCUGGUGUAAAGUGCCUUGCAAAAGUAUUCAUCCCCCUUGGCGUUUUUCCUAUUUUGUUGCAUUACAACCUGUAAUUUAAAUUGCUUUUUAUUUGGAUUUCAUGUAAUGGACAUACACAAAAUAGGCCAAAUUGGAGAAGUGAAAUGAAAACAAUUUUUUCAAAAAAUAACAGAAAAGUGGUGCGUGCAUAUGUUUUCACCCCCUUUGCUAUGAAGCCCCUAAAUAAGAUCUGGUGCAACCAAUUACCUUUAGAAGUCACAUAAUUAGUUAAAUAAAGUCCACCUGUGUGCAAUCUAAGUGUCACAUGACCUGUGUGUGUGUGUGUGUGUGUGUGUGUAUAUAUAUAUAUAUAUAUAUAUAUAUAUAUAUGUACAGUGGGGGAAAAAAGUAUUUAGUCAGCCACCAAUUGUGCAAGUUCUCCCACUUAAAAAGAUGAGAGAGGCCUGUAAUUUUCAUCAUAGGUACACGUCAACUAUGACAGACAAAUUGAGGUUUUUUUUCUCCAGAAAAUCACAUUGUAGGAUUUUUAAUGAAUUUAUUUGCAAAUUAUGGUGGGAAAUAAGUAUUUGGUCACCUACAAACAAGCAGCAUCAUGCUGUGGGGAUGUUUUUCAUCGGCAGGGACUGGGAAACUGGUCAGAAUUGAAGAAAUGAUGGAUGGCACUAAAUACAGGGAAAUUCUUGAGGGAAACCUGUUUGUCUUCCAGAGAUUUGAGACUGGGACGGAGGUUCACCUUCCAGCAGGACAAUGACUCUAAGCAUACUGCUAAAGCAACACUCGAGCGGUUUAAGGGGAAACAUUUAAAUGCCUUGGAAUGGCCUAGUCAAAGCCCAGACCUCAAUCCAAUUGAGAAUCUGUGGUAUGACUUAAAGAUUGCUGUACACCAGCGGAACCCAUCCAACUUGAUGGCGCUGGAUCAGUUUUGCUUUGAAGAAUGGGCAAAAAUCCCAGUGGCUAGAUGUGCCAAGCUUAUAGAGACAUACCCCAAGAGACUUGCAGCUGUAAUUGCUGCAAAAGGUGGCUCUACAAAGUAUUGACUUUGGGGGGGUUGAAUAGUUAUGCACGCUCAAGUUCUGUUUUUUUGUCUUAUUUCUUGUUUGUGUCACAAGAAAAAAUAUUUUGCAUCUUCAAAGUGGUAGGCAUGUUGUGUAAAUCAAAUGAUACAAACCACCCAAAAAUCCAUUUUAAUUCCAGGUUGUAAGGCAACAAAAUAGGAAAAAUGCCAAGGGGGGUGAAUACUUUCACAAGCCACUGUAUGUGUACACGUCAUGCAGUUGAAUGGGACACUUAAUUUUAUACAAAUAAAGAUAAUCUGUUACAUGUAAAAUGACUUUAUUUAACUUUUAUUUCAGUACAAUCAGUGUAAACGGAUAUGAAAACAGUAAGUUAAUGAAUGAAUAAAUAAAUAUAAGAUAUACAUAGUGUCAUAUAAAGUGUCAUGAAUUGAGUACUGUUUCUGCUAGAGAGAGCAAGAGAUACAUGUUCUGUGGGAAGAGUCAGCUCUUUUCUGCCUGGAGGAUGUACGUAUUUCAAAUUCAAAGAAAAAACUAUAAUUAAUUAAUGUAGCCUAUACAACUCAGACCGUAAACUUUAAUUCAAUAACAUAUUAUGUUUUUGUAUGUAUGAACUAAGAUUCAAGAUUUUCAUUGACAAAAUAAGUUUCACUGUAAUACCCUGAACACUUACAUCUGAAUUUGAAUCACUUGAAUCACUUGUUUGAAGAGUCAAUCAGGCCGUCAGAUAAAUAAACCAAACCUUAUAGAGGUGUAGACAGGAAUGGAACAGGGCCAACAUUGUUUCCUAAAGACUGUGCCUUCACAAAGUAUUCACAGCCCUUGACUUUUUCAACAUUUUGUUACAGCCUGAAUUAAAAGAGAGAGAGAGCGAGAUCCACUGCUCUCACCUCUCUGGCAUCAGUUUUGUCUAUUGACAUGUACCUGUGCCACCCCUCUUCAAUCAAUCAAUCAAAUGUAUUUAUAAAUUCAGACACCUCACUCAACGCAGCGAUGAUGUGCACAUAUCCUUCCUCUCUUUCCUGUACCCUUCCACUUGUGCUGGGUCGAAUAUAUGAAUAGAGUUAAAGACAGCUAGUCUCGGGUGCCUCUCCGUCAAAGCCUGCAGCUUAAUGGCACAUUCUCUCAUGGCAGCCUUGAAGAGCUCUCCACACCCAUCUCUCUCUUGCUCUGGAAGUUCCUCCAGCUGAGUGGUGGUGUGGUGGCGCCAGUCAUCUGCCGCUGCCAUACUCCAAGAGGUCCUGCAGCUUGUCGCUGAUGAUGUGGGCUGAUGGCUCUGGUGUCUUCUCCAGUUUCUUAAGAAGGACCACUAGCUCAACCACUAGCUCAACGAUGAACACAGCCUGGGCCUUCAGCAAGUAUUAUUGGUUCCCCAGCAGCUCCUUCAGAUCCUAGACACACUUAGCAGGUGGUUCAAAGGUGUCCAGUAACUCAGAGAGGACAUCCAUGUGCUCUGCCAGCACAAUCUGAAGUCCUUUGCCAGCAUGAACGCUCUGAGCUGCUGCCGAUGCUGGGGGCCUGGCAAAAAUACCUCUUAACAAGAGCACACAAGGUGUUCAUUUCCACAAACACUUCAGGCAAGACCUCUCAAACAAGGUUUAGGAGAUGUGCAACACAUGUCACAUGGGUUGGGUUGGGAAAGAGUUCCUUCAGGAUCUCCUUGAAGGCCUUUGUCGUGCAGCUGGCUGAAUCUGAUACAACAACCCACACCUGAUUGAAGCGCACUUGGACAGGAUAUCAACGCCUGGGACACUGUUGUAAAGUUGACUUUGUCCAAAAACGGCCUGAAACUAGGUUUUUGGUCCACGCAGAUAUUUUACCAGCCAAAAUUACACAAAAAAACAGGUGCGCAUACUUUGUAAUGUUUCUAAAAUAAUACAUGUAUUACUAAGAAGGAAUGUGGUAUAUUGCUUAAUUUGUUUUGACCACAUAGCAUGUUGGGGGCGAUGAAACAACGGGAAGCCCAUUCACCGUGUCAUUAUUGACCAAUUAAAGCUCACUAUAGUUUCCAGGCCCUACUGGACUGGCGAUUGAUACCUACAGUUGAAGUUGGAAGUUUACAUACACUUAGGUUGGAGUCAUUAAAACUCAUUUUUCAACCACUCCACAAAUUUAUUUUUAACAAACCUAUAGUUUUGGCAAGUCGGUUAGGACAUCUACUUUGCAUGACACAAGUCAUUUUUCCAACAAUUGUUUACAGACAGAUUAUUUCACUUAUUAUUCACUGUAUCACAACUCCAGUGGGUCAGAAGUUUACAUACACUAAGUUGACUGUGCCUUUUAAACAGCUUGGAAAAUUCUAGAAAAUGAUGUCAUGGCUUUAGAAGCUUCUGAAAGGCUAAUUGACAUCAUUUGAGUCAAUUGGAGGUGUACCUGUGGAUGUAUACCUGUGGAUGUAUUUCAAGGCCUACCUUCAACCUCAGUGCCUCUUUGCUUGACAUCAUGGGACAAUCAAAAGAAAUCAGCCAAGACCUCAGAAAAAAAUGGUAGACCUCCACAAGUCUGGUUCAUCCUUGGGAGCAAUUUCCAAACUCAUGAAGGUACCACGUUCAUCUGUACAAACAAUAGUACGCAAGUAUAAACACCAUGGGACCACGCAGCCGUCAUACCGCUCAGGAAGGAGACGCGUUCUGUCUCCUAGAGAUUAACGUACUUUGGUGCGAAAAGUGCAAAUCAAUCCCAGAACAACAGCAAAGGACCUUGUGAAGAUGCUGGAGGAAACAGGUACAAAAGUAUCUAUAUCCACAGUAAAACGAGUCCUAUACCGACAUACCCCCUGAAAGGCCGCACAGCAAGGAAGAAGCCACUGCUCCAAAACCGCCAUAGAAAAGACAGACUACGCUUUGCAACUGCACAUGGGGACAAAGAUCGUACUUUUUGGAGAAAUGUCCUCUGGUCUAAUGAAACAAAAAUGGAACUGUUUGGCCAUAAUGACCAUCGUUAUGUUUGGAGGAAAAAGGGGGUAGUUUGCAAGCCGAAGAACACCAUCCCAACCGUGAAGCACGGGGGUGGCAGCAUCACGCUGUGGGGGUGCUUUGCUGCAGGAGGGACUGGUGCACUUCACAAAAUAGAUGGCAUCAUGAGGAAGGAAAUGUAUUUGGAUAUAUUGAAGCAACAUCUCAAGACAUCAGUCAGGAAGUUAAAGCUUGGUCACAAAUGAAUCUUCCAAAUGGACAAUGACCCCAAGCAUACUUCCAAAGUUGUGGCAAAAUGGCUUAAGGACAACCAAGUCAAGGUAUUGGAGUGGCCAUCACAAAGCCCUGACCUCAAUCCUAUAGAAAAUGUGUGGGCAGAACUGAAAAAGCGUGUGCGAGCAAGGAGGCCUACAAACCUGACUCAGUUACACCAGCUCUGUCAGGAGGAAUGGGCCAAAAUUCACCCAACUUAUUGUGGGAAGCUUGUGGAAGGCUACCUGACCCGUUUGACCCAAGUUAAACAAUUAAAAGGCAAUGCUACCAAAUACUAAUUGAGUGUAUGUAAACUUCUGACCCACUGGGAAUGUGAGGAAUGAAAUAAAAGCUGAAAUAAAUCAUUCUCUCUACUAUUAUUCUGACAUUUCACAUUCUUAAAAUAAAGUGGUGAUCCUAACUGACCUAAAACAGGGAAUAUUUACUAGGAUUAAAUGUCAGGAAUUGUGAAAAACUGAGUUUAAAUGUAUUUGGCUAAGGUGUAUGUAAACUUCUGACUUCAACUGUAGCACUACCUAGCCAGCUUGCUAGCACCAACAUGAGGGUGAAGCAAGCGUGGCUAUCCGAAUUUCCGCGUUAAAAGUGUCUCGGCCGUUAGAUUGAGAGAGCCUGACUAGUAUCCGCUUCGUCUUCUCUUCCCUAGCAGUUGAAACUCAAACAUUUGAAAAACAACCUAGCUUGUGAACAAAACAAUGUAAAUAGCCAAGAAACACAAGGACAAAGUCUCACUUCAGUAGAAUUUCAUUUCAAGUAAACUAGACCAACUUUUAUGCCUGUGCCAGCGCUUCUAAAAAUGAAUCUUUCACUCAGCACUUGACGUAUGCACAGCCCCCAGCCAGGCAGUGUUGCUGCGCGAGGUGGGAUAGGCUAUAGGAUUCCUAGUUCUUUGACUUUAUGCGAUUAAUUUAUGAGCUAUGAAACAAAACGGUAGAAAUACUUUGAAAACAGCUACUGCAGCAUUUAUUUUGCUAUAAAUGUGAUCAGAAAGUAUUCAUACCCCUUGACUUAUUCCACAUUUUGUUGUUACAGCCUGAAUAAAAAAUUUAUAGAUUUUGUCUCACCCAUCUACACACAAUACUCCAGAAUUACAAAGUGAAAACAUUUUUAGAUUUUUUUUUGCAAAUGUAUUGAAAAUGAAAUACAGAAAUAUCUAAUUUACAUAAGUAUUCACACCCCUGAGUCAAUACAUGUUAGAAUCACCUUUGGCAGCGAUUACAGCUGUGAAUAUUUCUGGGUAAGUCUGUAAGAGCUUUGCACACCUGGAUUGUACUGAGUAAAGGGUCUGAAUACUUAUGUAAAUGUGAUAUUUCAGUUUUAAAUUUUUUAUAAAUUUGCAAACAUUUCUAAAAACCUGUUUUUGCUUUGUCAUUAUGGGGUAUUGUGUGUAGAUUGAGGGGGAAAAAACAAUUUAAUCAAUUUUAGAAUAAGGCUGUAACGUAACAAAAUGUGGAAAAAGUAAAGGGAUCUGAAUACUUUCCAAAUGCACUGUACAUACAACACACACACGGAGAGAUUCCAACACGCAGCACACGAAAGGACGCCCCAUCAUUCAUUUUCUUUUCAUAUUGUUCUGGUCAUUAUUUCCUCCAUGGUAACCCUGACCCUAUUUAGGCCAGUGAUUAAAUACAGGCUAGGAAAGCUAGCAAUAUUCGCCACUGUUGCCUUUGAUCAAUGUGCCACAAAGCUGUGCAUAGCACUCUCUCUCCCUCUCACACACCCGGGAAGAACCCAACACCCCCACCCACACACACACACACAUCAGAGUUCACACACACACACUACAGCUAGCCAACUUUUACAAAGAUGUGAGUCACACUCUCUCUCCCACACGCUGGUAGAACCCAACAACCCCCCUCCGCCCCACACACAGACUACAGAGUUACACACACACACCACAGAGUUCACACACUGCAGAGUUCAGAUAGCUAGCUUGCACUAAGCUAGGAAGCUAAUGUAGCUAGCUAGCCUGCAAAGUUUACCUCAGUUUGCCACCGGUGAAGAUAGCUUAUACAAUGCAACAUAACGAGUGGGCUACUCUGUUACCCUACUAUCAAAAUAAGUAAGCUAGGUUAUUUACAUCCAAAUACCUACCAGGUUGUUAGCUCGCCUUUCGAGUCUGGUGUUGAUUCGAUCUCAGGUGCUCCACCACCGUUUUGCUUUCUUAUGUGGUCGAUAGUGUUGGCACGCUUUACAAAAGAAGAUCCCCUUGUCCUCAUAAACAUAAUUUGGGAACUCUUAAGCCUUGUUCACAUUGGCAGUUUAGAAUUGACUGAAAUCAUUUUUUUUUGCAUAUCUGAUUAGAAUCUGUUCUUUUUCCUGAAGUCUGACCAGCCAAAAAGCACAUGGAAGCAGAUAUUUCAAGUCACCUUCGUAGGUUGUUUGAAAUCAGAUACAAAUCUGAUUCCUGGCCAUGCAACUUGUCUGAACGGUCAAAUCACAAGUGCUUUUUAGACUGUUAUUUGGCAUAUAUUGUUGCUUGCUAGCUACUCUAACAGUUUUGACAAGAACAUGUGGUAGCUAACUAGCUUGUUAAUGGUUUACAAAAAAUGUGUGAAUAUGCUAGAAAGUUAAACAGCUACAUAGCUAGCUACUUGACUACUGUUCCUGGCCAAAAAUGACUUGUUUUGAAAGUUUGAUCAUCUUAUCCUUUGAGGCUUUAAAUGCAUUCUUACACUAUGAUUAUGAUCAUUCAAAGCAACUGGGAAACGUCCAUGGCAAGCAUUGUUGUCACCUUAGUUUGCUACAUAACUUCUGAGUGAUAGGACGCACAAGCACCACCACCAAUCAGCCACUGUGCACUCCAUUGACAAUGAGUUAUUUCCAUCGGAACGCAAAGAAUUUAAUGCAUCUGGUGGACAUGAAGCGUCAGGCAGGCCAGUAUGGUCCAGGCAAAAUAAAUAGUGGGGGCUCGCCGUACCAGUAAAACAUGAGCCUACAUUUUUUCAAGAGAACUGUAUCAUUACCACAUGUCAGAUACAUGAAAUAUGAGCGAAUGGAUUUGAAAAUGUUUGGUAUAGCCUACGCUCCAAAAUGCGAUGUGGUUCCACGAGAACACUGACAUUUUGUCAAGGCAGAGAUGAGUGGGUUGACACUCGCCAAAUGUCAUUACACUUUUUGGUGUUUUGUGUAACCGAUGUCUAUUUCCAUUCAUUCUUUACGGCUAGGCCCACAGAGAUCCUAUUGAAUUAAUAGGGAUUCUAUAUGUAUGAUUAGGCUCAUAUAUUUUUGGGGUGCAAGAGCGUGCACAUAUAGGAGGUCCCGUACCGGGAAUAAAUUAAUUAUACUUUCACCCCUGCUUGUAACUUGCUGUUUGGACAGUCAGUAUUCCAAAAUUGAUUUGAAAAACAAAACUGAUUUGAGCAUUAAGGCCUGCAGUGUGAACAAAGCUUUAGUCUUGCUCUUGUUUUUGCAGUCAGAUUGGUCGCGAGAUGUCUUCUUCUAAGCUCAUCUGUUGACAAUCAAUCUAGGCAUUGUUUCACUUUUUAAUUUCUCUUCUCACUGACUGACGGGACUAGUGACUGUCAGUCUGGCACCUCACAUCCUCCUUUUCCCCCGCCCCCUUCUCAAAUCCCAGUGGAGGAAAAGGGAAGAUGUCCAGCAGUAGAUCUAUUUAUUUAUACAUUUUCACGUUUUUCAUGGUUGUUAAUUAAUAAAAUAAAAUGUUUAAUCGCAAUACAAUAACAUGUGGGUUGCAGUUGCUUUUAAUUCAACGCCUCUGUAUUGUGCUUUGAAUCGAAUGCAGUUAAUUUUGUGCAUUGUCUGAGGCUCCGGAAUUAUGCGUGCGUGGAUUCCAUUUGGGCCUGGUUGUUGCUCAGCUUCUAGGCAAAGAUAUUCCCAUGUGCAUUAGUCACGUCUUCCACUGGCAUUUUACUGCUUAUUUCUAGCCUAAAGCAUUGUGGAUUUAUGUGUCGUUUUAGAUCGGUAAAAACAAUCGCAAAUUGUUUUUAGUUUUUUACUCUUUAAAUCAAGGAAGGUCCCGCAACCCCCCCCCCCACCACGAAACGUUGAUGCCCCAUAUGGGGGCCGUACCCCCUAGGUUGGGAACCUCUGCUUUAAUACACACCAAAAGUUAGGCUUAUCCAGACUGAGACUGGCUGUCUCUUCUAUUGAUAUUUACCCCCUUGCCUGAUCUCUCUGUCUUCCCUCAGUGCUGAUUGAUGCCAUAGUGAGGAAUGGGAGCUCUGCUACUACAGAGGAGUCCCACAUACCCCCACCACGUGGCUUCCGAUCAAAUGAAGAGGACGGGGAUCGAGAGGAGGCACGCCGAGGAGGCAGUGAGGAGAAGAAGACCUACACAGAGGAUCAGUGUCAGGGUGUUCUCAGGUACCUGCCCCCUAGCAUUAAAUCACACUCACACUGACUUUACCAGAGGUUUUUACAUUUUAUUUAGUGAUAGGCCAUCAUUCAUCUUGAGCACUCAGAGACCAUAGCUACAUUUGUCAAGUUUUCCACCCAGUGAAAGUGCACCUGCACAUUGUCCACAUUGUACUGUUGUAAUGUCAGAUUUCAUAAGAUUCUUUGUGUUUUGUUUGAUCCAUGCAGGAUAAAGAAAUGCAAGGACUUCUAUGAGAUCCUGGGUGUUCCUAAAGACGCUAGUGAUGAAGAUCUGAAGAAGGCAUACAGGAAGCUGGCACUGAAGUUCCACCCUGAUAAGAAUUGUGCCCCGGGAGCCACAGAUGCAUUUAAAGGUAAAGGGAUGCCUCUGUUACUGCUGUGUUGCCCUCUCCAGAUCUUCCACAUUAGAUGAUCAUGUGAGCAUUCCUCAUGUGCUCCUAAAAUGCGCUGACCAACUGGCACGUGUCUUCACUGACAUUUUACAUUCUUUAUUUAUUUUUUAACGUUUUAGUCAUUUAGGAGACACUUAUCCAGAGCGACUUACUGGAGCAAUUAGGGUUAAGUGCCUUGCUAAAAAGAAAUGCACCUAAUCGGCUUGUGGAUUCAAACCAGCGACCUUUCGGUUACUGGCCCAACGCUCUUAACCGCUAGGCUACCUGCUGCCCUUUUUCAACCUAUCUCUGACCCAGUCUGUAAUACAAACUUGUUUCAAGCAGACCACCAUAGUCCCCAUGCCCAAGAACGCCAAGGUAACCUGCCUAAAUGACUAUCGCCCCAUAGAACUCACAUAUAUAGACAUUAAAUGCUUUGAAAGGCAUGUCAUGGCUCACAUCAAGACCAUUAUCCCAGACACCCUGGACCCACUCCAAUUCGCAUACUGCCCCAACAGAUCCACAGAUGACGCAAUCUCCAUUGCACUCCACACUGCCCUUUCCUACUUGGACAAAAGGAGCACCUACAUGAGAAUGCUGUUCACUGACUACAGCUCAGCGUUCAACACCAUAGUGCCCUCCAUGCUCAUCACCAAGCUCAGGACCCUGGGACUGAACACCUCCCUCUGCAACUGGAUCCUGGACUUCCUGACGGACCGCCCCCAGGCGGGAAGGGUAGGCAACAAUACAUCCGCCACGCUGACCAUCAACAAGGGGCCCCUCGGGGGGGUGCUUAGUCCGCUCCUGUACUUCCUGUUCACCCACGACUGCAUAGUCGCGCUCGACUACCAACACCAAGUUUGCUGACGACACGACGGUGGUAGGACUGAUCACUGACGACGAUGAGGCAGCCUAUAGGGAAGAGGUCAGAGAUAUGGCAGUGUGGUGCCAGGACAACAACCUCUCCCUCAACAUCAGCAAGACAAAGGAGCUGAUCAAGGACUACAGGAAACAGAGGGGCGAGCACACAACCAUCUACAUCGAUGGGGCUAUAGUGGAGCGGGUCGGGAGCUUCAAGUUUCUCUGUGUCCACAUCACCAAGGAAUUAACAUGGUCCACACACACCCACACAGUUGUGAAGAGGGUACGACAGCACCUUUUCCCCCUCAGGAGGCUGUAAAGAUUUGCAUGGGCCCUCAGAUUCUCUCAAAGUUCUAUAGCUGCACCAUUGAGAGCAUCUUGACUGGCUGCAUCACCGCUUGGUACGGUAACUGCAAGGCACCCGACCACAAGGCGCUACAGAGGGUGGUGAGUACAGCCCAGUACAUCACUGGGGCCGAGCUCCCUGCCAUCCAUGACCUCUAUACCAGGCGGUUUCAGAGGAAGGCCCAAAAAAUUGUCAAAGACUCCAGCCACCCAAGCCAUAGACUGUUCUCUCUGCUACCACAUGGAAAGCGGUACCGAUGCAACAAGUUUGAAACCAACAUGACCCUGAACAGCUUCUACCCCCAAGCCAUAAGAGUGCUAAACAAGACUGAUUAAUAGCUAAUCAAAUGGCUACCCGGACUAACUGCAUUGACCCUUUUUGCACUUACUGUCUUGCACUGACUCUGUACACACACAGUGGACUCUACCCACACACUCACACAUUCUUACACUGACACCCCAACACCAGUGGAGGCUGCUGAGGGGAGGACGGCUCAUUAUAAUGUCUGGAAAGGAGUGAAUGGAAUGGCGUCAAACACAUGGAACCCAUGUUUGAUGCAUUUGAUACCAUUCUACUUAUUCCACUCCAGCCAUUACCACAAGACUGUCCUCUCCAAUUAAGGUGCCAUCAACCUCCUGUGCCCAACACACACACACAUACACACACUACAUAUUCCCACAUACAUAUAACAUGCGCACACGUGCAUACUGACGCAACACACACUCACACUUUUACACUCACCAUAUAUAGGCUGCUGCUACUGUCUAUCUAUCCUGUUGCCUAGUCACUUUGCCCCUACCUACAUGUACAUACAGUGGCUUGCGAAAGUAUUCACCCCCCCUGGCAUUUUUCCUAUUUUGUUGUCUUACAACCUGGAAUUAAAAUGUAUUUUUUGGGGGGGUUUGUAUCAUUUCAGUUACACAACAUGCCUACCACUUUGAAGAUGCAACAUUUUUUGUGUGUGAAACAAACAAGAAAUAAGACAAAAAACAGAACUUGAGCGUGCAUAACUAUUCACGUUGGAUGGGUUCCGCUGAUGUACAGCAAUCUUUAAGUCAUACCACAGAUUCUCAAUUGGAUUGAGGUCUGGGCUUUGACUAGGCCAUUCCAAGACAUUUAAAUGUUUCCCCUUAAACCACUCGAGUGUUGGUUUAGCAGUAUGCUUAGGGUCAUUGUCCUGCUGGAAGGUGAACCUCCGUCCCAGUCUCAAAUCUCUGGAAGACUGAAACAGGUUUCCCUCAAGAAUUUCCCUGUAUUUAGCGCCAUCCAGCAUUCCUUCAAUUCUGACCAGUUUCCCAGUCCCUGCCGAUGAAGAACAUCCCCACAGCAUGAUACUGCCACCACCAUGCUUCACUGUGGGGAUGGUGUUCUCUGGGUGAUGAGAGGUGUUGGGUUUGCGCCAGACAUAGCGUUUUCCUUGAUGGCCUAAAAGCUCAAUUUUAGUCUCAUUUGACCAGAGUACCUUCUUCCAUAUGUUUGGGGAGUCUCCCACAUGCCUUUUGGUGAACACCAAACAUGUUUGCAUAUUUUUGUCUUCAAGCAAUGGCUUUUUUCUGGCCACUCUUCCGUAAAGCCCAGCUCUGUGGAGUGUGCGGCUUAAACGGUCCUAUGGACAGAUACUCCAUUCUCCGCUGUGGAGCUCCACAGGGUUAUCUUUGGUCUCUUUGUUGCCUCUCUGAUUAAUGCCAUCCUUGCCUGGCCUGUGAGUUUUGGUGUGAGGCCCUCUCUUGGCAGGUUUGUUGUGGUGCCAUAUUCUUUCAAUUUUUUUAUAAUGGAUUUAAUGAUGCUCUGUGGGAUGUUCAAAGUUUCUGAUAUUUUUUUAUAACCCAACCCUGAUCUGUACUUCUCCACAACUUUGUCCCUGACCUGUUUGGAGAGCUCCUUGGUCUUCAUGGUGCCGCUUGCUUGGUGGUGCUCCUUGCUUAGUGGUGUUGUAGACUCUGGGGCCUUUCAGAACAGGUGUAUAUACAGUGGGGAGAACAAGUAUUUGAUACACUGCCGAUUUUGCAGGGUUUCCUACUUACAAAGCAUGUAGAGGUCUGUAAUUUUUUUAUCAUAGGUACACUUCAACUGUGAGAGACGGAAUCUAAAACAAAAAUCCAGAAAAUCACGUAUGAUUUUUAUGUAAUUAAUUAGCAUUUUAUUGCAUGACAUAAGUAUUUGAUCACCUACCAACCAGUAUGAAUUCCAGCUCUCACAGACCUGUUAGUUUUUCUUUAAGAAUCCCUCCUGUUCUCCACUCAUUACCUGUAUUAACUGCACCUGUUUGAACUCGAUCUUGGCCAACAACCUCCUUCCCUCAGUAAGAGCAUUGAAGAUGGGUCGUGGCUGGGUCUUCCAGCAUGACAACGACCCGAAACACACAGCCAGGGCAACUAAGGAGUGGCUCCGUAAGAAGCAUCUCAAGGUCCUGGAGUGGCCUAGCCAGUCUCCAGACCUGAACCCAAUAGAAAAUCUUUGGAGGGAGCUGAAAGUCCGUAUUGCCCAGCGACAGCCCCGAAACCUGAAGGAUCUGGAGAAGGUCUGUAUGGAGGAGUGGGCCAAAAUCCCUGCUGCAGUGUGUGCAAACCUGGUCAAGACCUACAGAAAACGUAUGAUCUCUGUAAUUGCAAACACAGGUUUCUGUACCAAAUAUUAAGUUCUGCUUUUCUGAUGUAUCAAAUACUUAUGUCAUGCAAUAAAAUGCUAAUUAAUUACUUAAAAAUCAUACGUGAUUUUCUGGAUUUUUGUUUUAGAUUCCGUCUCUCACAGUUGAAGUGUACCUUUGAUAAAAAUUACAGACCUCUACAUGCUUUGUAAGUAGGAAAACCUGCAAAACCGGCAGUGUAUCAAAUACUUGUUCUCCUCACUGUAUACUGAGAUCAUGUGACACUUAGAUUGCACACAGGUAGACUUUAUUUAACUAAUUAUGUGACUUCUGAAGUUAAUUGGUUGAACCAGAUCUUAUUUAGGGGCUUCAUAGCAAAGGGGGUGAAAACAGUGAGGGAAAAAAGUAUAUGAUCCCCUGCUGAUUUUGUACGUUUGCCCACUGACAAAGAUAUGAUCAGUCUAUAAUUUUAAUGGUAGGUUUAUUUGAACAGUGAGAGACAGAAUAACAACAACAAAAUCCAGAAAGACGCAUGUCAAAAAUGUUAUAAAUUGAUUUGCAUUUUAAUGAGGGAAAUAAGUAUUUGACUCCCUCUCAAUCAGAAAGAUUUCUGGCUCCCAGGUGUCUUUUAUGCAGGUAACGAGCUGAGAUUAGGAGCACACUCAUAAAGGGAGUGCUCCUAAUCUCAGUUGUUACCUGUAUAAAAGACACCUGUCCACAGAAGCAAUCAAUCAAUCAGAUUCCAAACUCUCCACCAUGGCCAAGACCAAAGAGCUCUCCAAGGAUGUCAGGGACAAGAUUGUAGACCUACACAAGGCUGGAAGGGGCUACAAGACCAUCGCCAAGCAGCUUGGUGAGAAGGUGACAACAGUUGGUGCGACUAUUCGCAAAUGGAAGAAACACAAAAGAACUGUCAAUCUCCCUCGGCCCGGGGCUCCAUGCAAGAUCUCAACUCGUGGAGUUGCAAUGAUCAUGAGAACAGUGAGGAAUCAGCCCAGAACUACACGGUAGGAUCUUGUAAAUGAUCUCAAAGCAGCUGGGACCAUAGUCACCAAGAAAACAAUUGGUAACACACUACGCCGUGAAGGACAGAAAUCCUGCAGCGCCCGCAAGGUCCCCCUGCUCAAGAAAGCACAUAUACAGGCCCGUCUGAAGUUUGCCAAUGAACAUCUGAAUGAUUCAGAGGAGAACUGGGUGAAAGUGUUGUGGUCAGAUGAGACCAAAAUCGAGCUCUUUGGCAUCAACUCAACUCGCCGUGUUUAGAGGAGGAGGAAUGCUGCCUAUGACCCCAAGAACACCAUCCCCACCGUCAAACAUGGAGGUGGAAACAUUAUGCUUUGGGGGUGUUUUUCUGCUAAGGGGACAGGACAACUUCACCGCAUCAAAGGGACGAUGGACGGGGCCAUGUACCGUCAAAUCUUGGGUGAGAACCUCCUUCCCUCAGCCAGGGCAUUGAAAAUGGGUUGUGGAUGGGUAUUCCAGCAUGACAAUGACCCAAAACACACGGCCAAGGCAACAAAGGAGUGGCUCAAGAAGAAGCACAUUAAGGUCCUGGAGUGGCCUAGCCAGUCUCCAGACCUUAAUCCCAUAGAGGGAGCUGAAGGUUCGAGUUGCCAAACGUCAGCCUCAAAACCCUAAUGACUUGGAGAAGAUCUGCAAAGAGGAGUGGGACAAAAUCCCUCCUAAAAUGUGGGCAAACCUGGUGGCCAACUACAAGAAACGUCUGACCUCUGUGUUUGUCAACAAGGGUUUUGCCACCAAGUACUAAGUCAUGUUUUGCAGAGGGGUCAAAUACUUAUUUCCCUCAUCAAAAUGCAUAUCAAUUUAUAAAAAAUGUACAUGCGUUUUUUCUGGAUUUUUUUGUUGUUAUUCUGUCUCUCACUGUUCAAAUAAACCUACCAUUAAAAUUAUAGACUGAUCAUGUCUUUGUCAGUGGGCAAACAUACAAAAUCAGCAGGGGAUCAAAUACUUUUUUCCCUCACUGUACAUAUGCACGCACCAGUUUUCCGUAAACAUUUUUUAGCUUUUUUUUAAUCAAGUUAUUCUUUUCAUUUCACUUCACCAAUUUGGACUAUUUUGUGUAUGUCCAUUACAUGAAAUCCAAAUAAAAAUCCAUUUAAAUUACAGGUUGUAAUGCAACAAAAUAGGAACAACGCCAAGGGGGAUGAAUACUUUUGCAAGGCACUGUAUCUACCUCAAUUACCUCUUACCCCUGCAUAUCGACUCAGUACUGGUACUCCCUGUAUAUAGCCAUGUUAUUUUUAUUUGUUAUUGUUAUUCACUGUGUAUGUAUUCCUUGUGUCAGUAUUUUAAUUUUGUAUUAGAUUUUUUAUCUUUAACUCUGCGUUGUUGGAAAAGGACCCUUAAGUAAGCGUUUCACUGUUAGACUACACCUGUUGUUUACAAAGCAUUCAACAAAUAAAAUUAGAUUUGAUUUGUAUUUUUGUGAAACUGCCGGUGCAGAUAAUUAGACUAGCUCCUCCCUUCUCAUGCUGUUGUCAGACAACACCACACCAUAAGAGUAUCAAUCGUAGGCCUGAUAAGUAUUUUCUUUACAGCCAUAGGCAAUGCGUAUGCAGUGCUCAGCAACGCUGAGAAGCGUCUUCAGUAUGACCAGUAUGGAGAACAGGCUCCCUGUGAGAGCGCCGCCCACCCGUCAGCCCACGCUCGCCACGGACACUACCGCAACUUCAACAGGGACUUUGAGGCCGACAUCUCCCCUGAGGAACUCUUCAACAUCUUCUUUGGAGGAAGGUUUCCCACAGGUCAGUUUGUGUGUGUGUCUGUUUCUGAUAGAAAGAGUUGGUGUGUGUGUGUUUAUCUCUCUUGUUACUUGAAUUUUGGAUUUGAGUGACUCAUUGUCAGUUGUUGCUUAGUAGUUAAGAGCAUGUAAAUCAUGUCUGUUCUGCUCCCUCAGGCAACAUCCAUGUGUACACCAACAGAGGAGCCACCUACUCUAACUUCUACCAGCCUCGUCGGCGACGUGCAUAUGAGAGGCGCGAGGAGGAGGUGGGGGAGAACCGCAGUCAGGUCAGUCAGUGCCCACAUGAGGAGAAAUCUCCUAGAAACUCCCACCAGUUCAACUCAUAGAUGUUCUGUGGCUGUGUGAUUAACCAACAAGGCUACAACUUAUGGGUUUCUUAUGGGUUUACAAUUUAUGCUGGGCCUUGAUUUGAAAGAACUCCACUCCCUAAGGUUGGGUGGGUGGAGGGUUUAGAUUUGAUCCUGUUUUUGUCAUUGUGCUGCAAUAGGCAAUUAAAUGGAGAACCUUAUGCUGCUCCAAGAGGAUCAGUUACGGUGGGGGUUGAAGGUUGACCAGUGAAACAGACCAGCUGUGAAAAUAAGAGUCUUUCACCAUGCCUAGACCAGAUUUUAGUUUUUUUUUAGUUAGUUAGCUUUACUGUAGAUUGAUUCAAUGUAUUUACAGGUAUGUGAUGUGUGUUUGAACUUCUUCUGGUUUUGCCUUUCCUCAGCAGAACACCUUCACAGCCUUCCUGCAGCUUCUUCCUGUUCUGGUGCUGAUCCUCAUAUCUGUUGUGACCCAACUGAUGGCCACCAACCCUCCUUACGGUCUAUUCUACAAACCGUGAGUCCACCACAUCAACCAAGCUUCUUGAUGAUAAGUUUGUCUCUAAAAUAGACUGCAUAUGAACCUAUUUCACAGACUGGUAGCAUGGUAACUGUCAAAUGCUGGGUGCUGAGUGCAUGAGGACCCUGAAGAGGGUGAGGUGUGAUGGGUAUUGGGUACCCUUUGUAAAUAUUUAGUUGGACUGACUGUAUGUUUAUUUCAGGGCCAUGGGCCUGGUGGUAUCCCGGGAGACCCAGAACAUGGGCGUGCCCUACUACGUGGACAAGGGCUUCCAGAAGGAGUACCGUGGGGAGUCCCUGGAAGAGCUGGAGAAGACCAUAGAGAGUGACUACAUCGAACACCUGCAGAGCAGCUGCUGGAAGGAGAAACAGCAGAGUAAGUCCAGCUGCAUUCAGGUCCUGGCAGCUUGACUCUGUCCCCAUUGACAACCACCUGAGACGUGUUGACUGAGAUAGCAACACAUGGUUUAUUCGUGUUGUAGAGUAUGAAUGUAUCCAUAUAUGAGCUGAUGUGUUUCUCUUUCCUCACAGAGUCUGACUUGGCGAACCUUGCACAACUGUACCGUGAUGACAGACUGAAGGCGAAGGCUGAGUCUCUGAAGCUGGACAACUGUGACAAGCUGUACCGCUUUGUGGGUCGACAGAGAGGAGAAUGAGGGGCUUAGACAGGAGAAGAGGGAGGCAUCUCUUUCCAGCUGGGAAUUCUACACUUUACUCAUUUAAUAUUGUUUAUUUAUUUAAUUUAUUCAAUCGGGGCACUUUUUUGAAGAAUAUCUCUUCUCUGGAUAGAGCACAGUGGCAGCCAAAGCCUUUGAUCUGAAACAUUGUGCCUUCUCUCCCCUCGGAUGGAAGAAAAUGGAGGUGCCCACCUUGGCUCUGUGGAUAACCACAUAAAGCCCAGCCUGGCUGGCUCUGGGAUUGUUUUAUUGAUGUACCUUGUUUCUACUUCCUUACAUUAAGGAAUAUAGGCUUGCUUACAAGGUUUGAGAAAAUGGUUGUCUGUUCACACGUACACUUUCCGUUAGUCACCUGUUUGAAACAUGUUUAGCAUUGCUGCUGGGUUACUCAUUUAUUUCCAUGUUUGUUUCUGUGGCGUGAGUUAAAUGGGAGUAUAUUGUUUAGGUCUUGGGAAAGAACAUAGCUAGAGCAGUGAGUUACUUUUUAAGUGGAAAGAACAUUUAAUUGUGAAGAAAGAAUGCAAGGACCUGAAAACCACUAACUUCUAGAAAAGGUUUUCAGACACAGAGGCAAACGAGAGCUUCUAUUUGAAAAGACCGAUCUAUAUGGUCUUAAACUGUGAAGAAAAUGUAGAUUUGUCGUGCUUGCUGUUUAAAGAAAGUAAGGCCAGAGCUAUAUACUAUAUCUCUAGUACAUUAGAUCCACUUAAAAUCUAAUUUCUGUUUUAUGUGAAGACAGAAAUACAUUGAUACUUUGUUUCUUUUGCUGUGCUCUAAGACUUUGCCAAACGGCAUUGCUAUAGUCGUACUUGUCCAUUAUUUGGUCCUUCUGGUUCAUUCUGAAGCACUUUGUGAUGCCGUUUUAUUUGGAACCUGCUGUCCUAGUCUCUAUUCUCUAAUGCAUGCAGCCCAGAGUGAAGCCACAUAUUCUUGCCUCUUUUACCCUGGCCUUGUGUUACACCUCAGGUGCUCAGUCAACAGCUGCUGCAGCACACCUCUUUGGAAAGGACUAUUAAGAGCAAUCCACUCAUCCUGCCCAUUCAUGUAAUCAACUGUUACUUUACUAAGCACUUUCAAACAUUUCUCCAAAUGAACAUUUGUUCAGUAGUAGUUCCAAUCUUUUAAUGCUUGACCUUCCUUUAGUCAGAUCAUAAAUCCAGCAGACGAAGGGUUAACAGCCACACUAGUGGCAGACAGACAGGAUGCAGUUGUCUGUAAUGGAUUACAGAUUAGACCUGAUGCUAACUAGAGACCCAGUUGCCUCGUGGCUAAACUCUGGUGAUUUGUACUGUCAGAGCAGGUUUUCAAGCUUGUUUAUUAAAAAGUUAAACAAUC